AUGGGGCGACUCAUACGCGCGAGGAGGGGUGGUGAGGGGUUCAUAAUUUCAGAAGAAUCAUUACCGCAAGACAUACAGAGGGUGUUUUACUGUUCAUCGAAUGCACAUGAGGCCGGGCACCCAGCGAGAGCGAUAGAUGAUGGGCCGUAUGGGCUGCUGGUCUUCGUGGCCUCUGGAGUGAACGAGGAUCUUGUGACCCAGUUCCAGGACUCCACGGAUGAAGGGUACAAGGAGAGAAUUGUUGCAAACCUGUCAAAUUUUGCAUAUGACCCUUAUAACUAUGCCUUUAUGCGCCAGCUGAAUAUUCUCGAGUUGUUCUUGGACUGCAUUACGGAACCAAAUGAAAGGCUUGUUGAGUUCGGCGUUGGUGGAAUAUGUAAUUCAUGUGUUGAUCCAGCAAAUGCUUCUGUUAUUACUCAAUGUGGUGGAAUCCCGUUGGUUGUACAAUGCUUAUCUAGCCCAGUUAAGAAUACAGUGAAUUACGCACUUGGAGCCUUGUACUACUUAUGCAACCCGUCGACAAAGAAUGAGAUAUUGAAACCGGAUGUACUUAGGAUCAUAAGAGACUAUUCUGCAGCUGGAGCCGUCAACAGCAGCUUCAGCAAUCUGGCAAAUGCAUUUCUGGACAAGCACGUCAACUCGUGA